AACCUAAAAUGGUGUUGUUUUUAAACAAAUUGUAAAUUAAAACCCCAGCCUGUAUAUAAAAUGUAUCCUGUCUCAGCUAGGUUAAAAUGUUGAAUGUCAAUGCAUCAGGGAUGAUUAAACAAUAACAAUAAUUGAAUACAUUAUGAUUUUAUUUUGACCGAAUAGUGUGUUUUUCAUUUUUAAAAUAGAGUCAAUUUAGCAAUCCUACUAUAGCUUCAUUAAAGGAUUCAAUACUUCUCCCACUACUGAACCUACAUUAUGCUACUAUACUUUUACCUCUUCUGCUGUCCAUUAUCCCGACAUAAUUUGAUUUCAGAAAUCGCGAAAAGUAUCUUUAGUGGCAGCACUUUUCUUUUUAGUAUACUAGGAGCUCCCUGGAGCUGAAAGUCAAUCCUUUUUUCCUGCAUAAAGUAGCAUCUUGUUGUUUUCUCCACAGUUGUUCUCCGCUAAUACCCAGCAGGUAACCUGCCCAUGUGUUCAGCUCCAUGGGUGCCUUACUGUCAGUUUGGCUGUGCAACAGAGAAGACAGUAACCCUCUCUCCUCUUCGUCAGCUUUCGCCCCGCUGGCUGUCCCCAAAUCCUCUCGCCUGGCGGUCACUCUGAACUCUUUUCCGGUCAAUCCGGCAGAUGCUCGCUCACACUGGAGCCUGGUGCACCGCUCACCUCACUUCCUGCUGUCGGCCUGCCGGCAGGAAGCCACACGGUCGCCCGUUGAGCUGAGCAGCGAUGGGGUGAGGGCAGAAAUGGGGGUGAAGAGCGGGCUUCACGUCUGGGAGCUGCUUUGGAGCCCCAACGACAGAGGAAGUCACGCCGUCGUAGGCGUCUCCAGGCAGAACUGCCCCUUGCAGGCCUCGGGCUACAACGUGCUUAUUGGUCGGGACUCGCAGUCCUGGGGCUGGGAACUCAAAACCAAUCAGCGCUGGCAUGCCGGGAAGAGUCUCGGUACUUACCCAAGAACGAGGAGGAGACGCCAAUCCGAGGCCGUGGAGGAUUUUAAGAUCCACACAAAGGCGACUCUUUCUAUCCCUGAGCGCAUCCUGUUGGUCCUGGACGCCGACGCAGGGACUCUGGGCUUUGUUGUUGAUGGCAGCUUUCUGGACGUGGCUUUCAGAGGCCUUCCUCUCGGAGUGGAGCUGUUCCCAGCUGUGAGCAGCGUGAGAGGAGGAGCCAGCAUACGACUACGAUACCUGAACGGCGCCACGCGUGACCCCCCUGCCUUGAUGGCUCUGUGUGCACUGUCAAUUCAACAGUUUUUAGGGCAAAAGAGGCAAACUGAAAUGGACAAACUGCCUCUACCCACUUGUCUCCAGCACCACCUGCUUUCCACCUACUAAUUCAUUCACAAACACAAAAACAAUAGGAAACAUUUAGUCAGUCACAGAAGUGCAACAGCAAUUUAGAGAUGUGUAUACAUAUUAUAGCCAUACGAAUGGAUCUAUUAUUUAUCUUAUUUACUAUAACAAAAUAUUAAUUUCACUGAGUUUUUAGAGCGUUAACAGUGAGCUGGGAGGUAUUCUCUUUCUGCUUGUUUUUUUGUGUGUUUAAUAAAUUGCUCCCAUUUAAAUUGAA